AUGACCCGGAUUACGCGGUUGUCUACAGGGAAGAAAGGGCAGAGGCAGUCUUUCACGGGGAGGGAGAAGUGGUGGCGGCAGACUACAGGGAAGGGUCACCGGCACCGGCACCUGACUAUAUGGAUGAAGGAGGAGGAGCGGUUGGCUACGACGGCCAACACCAAUAUCAUCGCCAGCCAGGAGCAAGAGCAGCAGCUCCAUAUUCAGCAGCACCUCCAUCUCCAGCAGCUACAGAUCGAUGAUGAAGAGGAGGCCUAUGGCAGUGGCAGUGGCAAUGGCAAUGGUAGUGGCAGUGGUAGUGGCAGAGAUGGCGCUAGGAUGUCCCCUGCAAACGACAGUCCAGAUGUGCUCCCCGUAGAGGUUGACCCAUACCGGCCUGACAGAAUGGCAGAUGCCCUAGCCAGGGAACCACGCCCACCUCCCGCCUCCAAUCUCUCUGCUUCCGCCGCUGUACCCCGCGUGCGCCACAUGAGUGGACAGGCGUUUCUGCCACCGGCAGCAAGAGCACAAGCAGGUGCAACUAAACCAAGGGAAGAGAAACGCCAUGGCAGCGUGCAGGGUGAGGUUGACAUAGAGCAGAGGAAAACUGGUGAGCAGAGGAAAACUGGUGCUUCUGCCGCGGCCCCAGCCACUGCUGUUCCCAAAGAGCUUGGGUCUGCGCGUUCUUCAUUCAUUGGUACUUCGAACUCGGGGUCUCCAGCCUUCAUGGACACUACCCCCUCUUCUCUCUCCUCCUCCCCACCUCGGGGUAUCUCUCAUGUUGCGGGGCAAGUCUCCACCGCUGGCGGAGGAGCUGUCAGCUCCGGCAACAACCUUGGUGCUGGUGCUGCUAGUGCCACUGGUGCUGCCACUGCUGCUGCCAGUGGUGCUGUCACUACUGUCGGUGGUGGCGUUGGUGGUUCUGUGGUCUCCAACCCCGUCGGUGAGACGGUAGGCGGUGCUGUUUCCUUGGACAAUCCCGUCGGUGAAUCUGCCGGUGGUAACGUCGGUGGUGUUGCCGCUGACGACCCAAUCACUAGUUCUGUCAACCCUCUCGGUGAGGCCAUUGGUGGUUCUGUCAUCCCCGGCUGCGAGUCUGCGAGUGGUUCUGGCAGCUCAGACCACCUUUUCGGUGAGAAUGUCGGUUCUGGCAGCUCGGAUAACCCUAUUGGUGAGGCUGUUGGUUCUUCUGGUAACUCAGAUAACCCUGUUGGUGAGGGUGUGGGUGGUUCUGCCAAUUCUGAUAACCCUGUCGGUGAGGCCGUUGGUGGUGCUGCCGCCAAUUCGGACAACCCAGUUGGUGAGGCGAUCGGUGGUUCUGUCAGCCCUUUAGGUGAUGUAGGUAAUGUAGUCCAGGCACAAGUCGACGAUGGAAGCUUCGACGGUAUCACCAAUGUGGUAGUUGGCUUCCACCAAGGUAUUGCCGACGGACACACCGCUAUGAGGAUUCUUGGCCGUCUGGUUAAGUUGCUGAACGACGUCAUUAUGGAUGUAGAGAUUAAUGACUCGGUGCCCCUAGAAGGAAACUUAGAAGACCUAUACAAGGAACUGCUUCAGCCAAGAAUAGAGCUUCUGAGAGACGAUAAUUUGCACGAGAUGAUGUUUGAGAAAAUGAGAGCGAGGGAAAAGUGGGAGUCCUGCAUGAAGUGCGUUUUUGGCGAGAUUGCUGGAGGAGGUGGCGGAGGCAGGAGGCCACAUUAUUACCCUUGUUACCACGUGCUCAGCCUGGACGCUGCGACCACCACGCAAUUUCUCGAAAAGUGCGUGAAUGAGAACGUAGGGCUGCGGGCAGCGUUCAGUGCCAUUGUAAACAUCUCCCUGAUGGACAUCCUUACUGCAAGGGACGUCAUCAAAGACACGUACAAGUUCUUCAGCAGCCAUGCAAUCAACAUUCGUCGCUUUUCUAAUGGUCUCAAUGACAAGGAUGUCAAUGGCUGCUUGUUUGCUCCCGUGCACAUUCGCACCCCAACGCCUCGCCACGCCGCUGACAACUUCUGGGAAUUUGUGCGUCGUAUACACCAUGACUUGAACGAGGUUCUGGAUACAGACCAGGCGCUGAAGGAGCUAGCAGUGAUGGAGCUAAACCCGCCAGGACAAAGAGAAUACGACAUGUUGUUCAUGGAGCCCUUGCCGCAAAUGAAAGACUACUUCACCUACCUGCUGGGGGACAUCACUGAGAAGCUGACGGAUGAGCAAGGUCCGAAUGUAAUGGUGGAGUUCGUGGAGGCCACAAUGUCCCGCCACAAGUUGGGAUACGCUUGCUGCCACGUGCUGCACAUCUUCCAGGAAAGUCUGUGCAUUACGUUGAAUUAUUCAACCAGGUACCUAACCGAGGAAUUGGGGAAGGAAUACAUGUCCAACAUUUACCGUCGCCUUUAUGAAGUCAUCUGAGAGAAGGGUCUUGUAGCCAAGAUUGUAGGUGUUGUGUGGGGACUUUUGAUCUGCCCGUUUGUUGCCCUCCUUGCUUCUGCAAGGCAAGCUGCCAGAGUUACUUGUAUGAGGAUCAGUUCCAAAAUUAGCUUUAUGUAUCUAAACUUACAGAUUUGAGUUUUCCAAUAUUUUCUGGCUUCUUAUAAUUUUUAGGGUACGAUGUUUUAACUUUUUUACGCAAGUGUUAAAGAUUUGUAGUACGAAUGGUUUUGUUCUUACAUAAUUAGGACAGUUUUUUUCUUCCAUAACUUGUUAUGGCACAGAAUAGUUUCGGCGGAAAUUUUGUUCUUAAUCUACCACAAUUUUACUAUUAUGAAAUAAAGUUUUAAGCAAU